CUGACGUCGGGACGAAGUGGCGUUCAUGUGAAGAAGGCGCAAAUAUAAACUGCUGGGACGAAGUCUUGGCUGAAAUUCGCGUGAGCCCCACCAGCGAGACACGACAGCGACGGUCCAGGCGACAAACGUACGACGACACCCAAUCCGCACAUCCUCCUCAUCGCGAGACAGAUAGACACGAUGCCGGGCUUCCCCAAGCUCAGCCUCGUCGAGGGCGCAUUCGAGGAGCUCGCGCUCGAGCUCGCGACAUACCUGGACAACGCAAAGGGCGACGACGGCACCACAGUCACAGAAAUCACUCCUCUCCUCGCCAACCCGGAAAAGCCAGAGAGCAAGACGGAUCGCGAUGCCGUGCUCAAGAAGAUCGUGACGGCCUCCUCGAUUCUCAACGGCGCACCUGAGAGAGAACUGCAGGCGGCAUACAAUCUGCUCAUCCACCUCGUGUCGCACGCCGAAGACCCAGAUCCAUACCUCAACCGCAUCUGCCAGUAUCUGUCACAGCCGUUGACUUCAUCACCUCAAAACGGCGGCGGUAUUGCCCUCGGGAUAUUGAGCACACUCUUCAACCAAGUCCAGCCGGAUGACGAGACGAGGUUCCACGUUCUCUUGGCCAUCAUCAGCGUGAUCAAGAACACGGGCAACUUCGACACUCUCGCACCGCAGUUGAAGAAUGUGGACAGCUGGGUGGAGGAAUGGGAAUUGGAGGCGCCUGAGGCGCGGAAAUUGUACUUGGCCAUCGCAGACGCUGCGACGACCGCAAAAGAGACCGAGGAGGCAUACCACUACCUGCUGAAGGGCCUGAACACAAUCCAGACAGAUGCCGCGACGCCAGAGGCUCGGGAGCUGUCAGUACGCGCGCUUAAGCUUGCGCUGCAGAAGGAGAAGCACUUCGACUUCCAGGACCUGACCGCACUGGACAGUAUCCAGGCGCUCCGAAAGUCCGACGAGACACUUUUCGAGCUGCUCGAACUGUUCAGCACCGAGAACUUCGACGACCUCCAAGACUUCAAGGAGGGCAACGGUUCUUUCCUCCAAGAGCAGAACAUAAACGAGGACAUUCUCGACAAGAAAAUGCGCCUCCUCACACUCGCCUCCCUCUCCGCAGCAGCCCACCAAUCCCGCACCCUUCCCUACGCACAAAUCGCCAAAGCCCUUCAAAUCCCCUCAGAAGACGUCGAAUCCUGGGUAAUCGACAGCAUCCGCUCAGGGCUCGUUGAGGGCAAACUCUCCCAGCAAAAGCAAGAAUUCCUCAUCCACCGCAGCACAUACCGCGUCUUUGGCGACAGCCAAUGGAGAGAAGUCGCAGCCCGACUAGACGUCUGGCGAAACAGCCUGCAGAACGUCCUGGCUGUCAUCCGGCAACAAAAGGAAGAGUUCGUCAAGGAGAAGGAAGCGGAGUUGCAGAAUACAAACAACAACGGCGAGAGGAGAGGAUACAGACCCAACAGGGGCGAGCGUAAUGAACGCCGAGAGCCGCAAGCCAUCGAGGUCGAGUAGCGCUCGUUUCUCCAUCGAGUUUGAGGUUUUCUUGAAGCAUGGCGUCGGUACUGGGGUUCUGGCAGUAGGAAGGAAGUACUUCGACAGCGCUGCUGCUACUGUCCCUUUUUUUGGUUGCACAUCGAUGUAUGUGUCUACACAAGAUGUGGCCGAAAGAUGCUAGAUAUGGCCGAGUUCAGAUCGAGCAAGGCAUAGACACUACGAUGAAGUCAAUGAAAGCAAAUGUUCUAGACAAA